UGUCAUUUUCAAAGGACGGAGUGAAAGUGAGCGCAUUUUCCGGUAUACCUCAACAAUGGAGAGAAAUGCGUGUCAUUGACUCACUAAGAGUGCUAUUAUGACUUGCAAGCUUGAUCGGCCGUCGCUUUAAGAAUGCGAGAACUAAGGCGAAACGUGUAGAAAAACAAGUUUAAGGAGAGAAGAGGGGAUCACGAUUCGCUGAAAAUAAAGAGCAAAAACUGGACUGGGAACAAAACAGGAACAAAACUCCAACAUGCGCAGAAAUAACCCAUCGGUAGGCACAAUAUUGAAUAGCGAAGAACCCCUAAAAUUCUCGACGAGCUACAAAACUCUGCAGUAGCGCGCGAUCGCGUAACUUAUGUAGGGGUGAGUGAUGGAAUCUAUAUGAGAAUGCAGGGCUGCAUAUUUUGCAACUCUUCUAUGAAAAAUGGAGCCAUCCAGCUCUACACCGAGUCCACCAGGUCUCGCGGACUCGACGUUUACCAGUGUUAAGCAAGAACCCAAUUCAAAUCCUCCAAGCCCUACAGAUGAUAGUUCGACAAAUAGCUCAGCAUCUUUAAGAAGUAAAGAACAACAUUAUGUAGCAGCCGAUUCCAAUAGCACAUCAACUACCAAGUCUUUCGUUCCUUGUAAAGUGUGUGGAGAUAAGGCGUCUGGGUACCACUACGGCGUAACGUCCUGUGAAGGGUGUAAGGGUUUCUUUCGUCGCAGUAUACAGAAACAGAUCGAGUAUCGCUGCCUGCGGGACGGCAAAUGUCUCGUAAUUCGCCUGAAUAGAAAUCGAUGUCAAUACUGUCGUUUUAAAAAAUGUUUAGCCGUCGGCAUGUCUAGAGAUUCUGUAAGAUACGGCCGCGUGCCGAAACGUUCCAGGGAACGCAGCACGGACGAAAUUUCGCGGGUCACGACCACUGACGCCGAUCAAUCGGAUAACGAGACGAAGCAGUUGGCCGUUUACGAUAUAAUUUUAACCGUAUCGCAAGCUCAUCACGCAAAUUGUGGAUUUACGGAGGAGCAUACAAGACAUUUAGUAAGGAAAUCCCUAUCUGUGCCUCCGACGACUAGUCCGGACGAUGGCGAGGUGGCAACCUCCACGGCGGACUCCCUGGAGCAACAAAAGUGCUGGUUAUGGCAACAGUUCGCCGCGAACGUAACGCCCUGCGUGCAAAGGGUCGUGGAGUUUGCCAAACGAGUACCGGGAUUUUGUGAUCUGGGACAAGAUGACCAAUUGAUAUUAAUUAAAGUAGGUUUCUUCGAAAUAUGGCUCAGUCACGUGGCUAGGCUAACGUCGAACACCUCCAUGGUUUUCGAUAAUGGUAUUACAGUUACUAGGCAACAGUUAGAGAUUAUGUACGAUGUAGAUUUUGUUGCUUCAAUAAUCCAUUUUGCAAACACCUUUAACGCAUUGGCUUUGAAUGAUACAGAAUUAGGGCUUUUCUCUGCAGUCGUUUUGUUAACAGCCGAUAGACCGGGAAUAACGGACGUUAAAACAAUUGAGCACCAUCAAGAUAAGCUUAUAGAAGCUUUCAAAGUACAAGUGGGGCGCAAUCACGGAAGCGAACCGCAAAUAUUUUCGAAUCUGUUAAUAAAACUGCCCGAAUUAAGAAAUUUGGGCACCAAGCACACAUCACACUUAGACUGGUUUCGAGUAAAUUGGACGAAAUUGACAUUACCACCAUUGUUCGCCGAAAUAUUUGACAUUCCUAAAUGCGAAGACGAUCUUCAGUGACCUGACAGCGUUGAACUCACAUAGUCUUUAAAGCGUUGAAAUUUUGAAAAUUGAUUAGCUUUGCAAUUUUUUUAUAUUCCUAAUAAGUACAUGUAAAUGUGUUGGUCAGAAAUCGUGUAUUUGCAUGCCUGCUCUUGCUCAAACGUCGCAUAUACUGGUCUGUAGAAAUUAAGAUCCAUUCCAUUAAUGAAAAAGUGGUGUUGAAAAAUUCCAGAGAUUUUAUUUUUUAAAAUUUUAUGAGAGUAAAGACUCGCUUAUUUUUACACCAGCACUUCAUUUUCGUUUCAGUUUAUUAAAAGACGGUGUCUUGGCCUCAAACUAUUACAGUAUAUUCAAAGAUAUUGACGCCAAUGCACUAUCAAAAAUUGCUAAUAUGUGUAGAAGUGCAAUUCUCAGCAAAAGCACUGCCAUGCUUUCAGAGAAAAAGCUAGAAUUGACUGCCAAGCUUUUGAUCUCAAAAUGUAAUCUCUACGUUUAGAUGUCGUUCUAAUCUCACUCGACAAGAGGGCUAAGGUAAAACAUCUAGGAAUUUUUUUAUACACUACUUUGUGUAAAUACUCGUAAAUGGAAAGUAUGACAGGGUCAUUAAAGUUUUGUUUUGCAGUUUGUAUGCGGCAAAAUUACUUUUUGACAACCACGUUUUAGUGUAUCUUGUAUGAUUAGGCAAAGUCAGUGCACUGAUAAUUUUGGGGGAAGAAUUUUUUGCCUAACAAUUAAUUAUUUUCUCAAGUGAAGGCAAUGAGUUGUCGAAAAUUGUUCGAAUUAAAACUGCACACAUAUAUCGACAAUGUCGUUAAACAUAUCAAUGUUACUUAAUAAUUUUGUGACUAGUUAUUAAACUGUAAAUAAUGUAUUAUGUUGUAGGUAAGAGUUUACUUUAUUUUUGGUGGAAAAUCGCAAAUUGUAGCUGAAAUGAGUUUCGUCGAAAAUUUUUGAUGUUAACGGUAUUAUCUAUUGUUAAUAAAAAUGAUGUUUCCGAUUUGAGAAUUAGGCACCAUAACAGUAUUAAAAAAGACACUUCACUGCACACUGCGAUAUUUUCACUAUGAAUAAUAGCGUACACUACAAUUGGUGUUGUUGGCUUUGUGGAGCUGUAGAUUUUAAGGGUAAUCUAAAGCUAAACAACAAUUGAUAGUCAUCCGUUGUGCUUUUCAAACUGAACAAUCAUAUCUUUCUAAAGCACUCGCCCUAGCCUGUUAAAACAGGCGGAAUAGUUUAUAUAUCUCUUAGAGUACAAAAUGAUUCUUAUAGAAUGCUAAUAUUAUUACUUAUUGAUAGUUAUCGCUUCUAUUUUUAGAGAAUUAAAUUCUCCAUAAAUUUUUUAACUUUUUAGAACAACAUAUCUAUAAUUUUUUUUUAAGUAUUUAAUACUACAUAAAUGCAGUUUUAUUCUGGGUAGUUAUACAUAUCUUUAUAUUUUUAAUGUGACUGAGGACGAAAGGCAGUUCAUACUUAAUAAUAAUACGUGGUUAGUGAUUACAAUGUAUGUAUAUAGUGGUGAGGCUAAUGGUAUAAGUUAAUAACCUAUAGAUUACGCAAUUCUGUGAAAAGUUAACAUGACAAUUGAGAAAAGACAUUUUGAUGUACCUAAUUUUCAUACUUACCUAAUCUGUAAUUGUAAAUAGUCGUACCUACUUUUUAUAUUGUUAGAAUAUUAAUUAUUUAUGAAUGUUUAAUCAAUUUCCACUGCCUUAUCCAUUUCAUCAUGCCAUUGACUAUAUAUUUAUUUGCAAGUACAUACGCUUGUACGACUUCUAACGAAGUACAUAGGUACUUUUUUUGUGUCGUCACGUAAUACUGCCUCCAGUGACGGUAUUAUUUGUUAUUUUUCUUUUAUUUUCUGAGGCUUCAUUUUUUAAAUCUAUAUCUAUAGGUAAAUGUUAAAAUCGUUGUUAUUACUCUUGUUUAUUCUAUUAAAUUUUAUAUAAGGUA